CUUAACAUGGCGCGUACAAAACAGACCGCACGCAAAUCCACUGGUGGUAAGGCGCCCCGUAAGCAGUUGGCUACUAAGGCCGCCCGCAAGAGUGCGCCAGCCACUGGCGGUGUGAAGAAGCCUCACCGCUAUCGGCCGGGCACUGUGGCAUUGCGCGAGAUUCGUCGCUACCAGAAGUCCACUGAGCUGCUCAUUCGUAAACUGCCAUUUCAGCGUCUGGUGCGCGAGAUCGCGCAGGAUUUCAAAACAGAUCUGCGCUUCCAGAGCUCAGCAGUAAUGGCGCUGCAGGAGGCUUGCGAGGCUUACCUGGUGGGGCUGUUUGAGGACACCAACCUCUGCGCUAUCCAUGCCAAGAGAGUGACAAUCAUGCCAAAAGAUAUCCAACUGGCGCGCCGUAUUCGUGGAGAGAGAGCAUAA